AUGUCUUCUUUUCAAGACUUGUUCUGCUGGGCUUCGAGCAAGCUUGAUAAAGCACAGCUACGAACUUUCUUGUGCCUUGCGUGGGCGGGGUGGUGUUGCAGAAAUAAGGCUAUUUUUGGCGACACUAACGAGAUCAAUGGUGUGAUGAUUGCUGCAAGUUUCGUCAGAAUGUGUGAGGAUUAUUGUGUGUACAAUGCCAGAGUUGGAGGAUGUGUGCUUGCUCCUAUUUCCUUCUCACGAGCUAGCUGGAUUCCGCCACAAUCCCAUUUUGUCAAGGUCAAUAUUGAUGCAUAUGUCCCUAGCAAUGGUGGUGUGUGCCUAGGUGUAGUUAUAAGGGAUGAAUGGGGGAAAAUUCUGCUGUUAGCAACGAAGAAAACAUCUUGCAGAUGGUCCUCUGAUAUGGCAGAAGCUGCGGCUGCCUGCUAUGGUACCCAGCUCGCACGUAGGUUCAGCUUUACAAAUGUGAUACUUGAAGGUGAUUCCAUGAUUGUGGUGCGUGCUGUUAGAGAUAAGCAAGAGGGUGCAGCUCCGAUUUUUCAUUUCUAUGAGAGUAUCUAUAGAAUGAGUGCUGAGUUUGUUGAAUUUAAUUGUGUUCAUGUUAGACGGGCGGGGAAUACCAUAGCUCACUUAGUUGCUAAAAGGGAUACGGGUGCUAGUAUUGAAUGCAUUUGUACGGAUUCUAUACCCCAAAGCGUUCAAACUUUGGCGGACCUUGAUUUUAUAAAUUGA